UGUCUGUGAUCGGAACAUGCAAUUUGUCUAUGCCUUACCUGGAUGGGAGGGAUCAGCGGGCGACUCUCGAGUUUUGCGGGAUGCCGUGUCACGUGUGAACGGCUUGAAGGUCCCAAAAGGGUACUAUUAUUUGUGUGACAACGGAUACGCAAAUAGUGAUGGAUUUUUGACACCCUUCAGAGGAGUACGAUACCAUCUAAAAGAAUGGGGUCCGGGCGCUGAGUCACCACAAAAUGCCAUCGAGCUAUUCAACAUGCGCCACACGAAAGCAAGGAAUGUCAUUGAGAGAGCGUUCGCAGUCCUUAAGAUGCGGUGGGGGAUUCUUCGAAUUUCAAAUAUCAGAGAACUGAGACGAUGGAUGGGAUCCCUGACUGCUCCUGUGGCCAUGGGAAGAUGGACCUUCGCCGCGCCGGGGUAUCGGCGACUUUGCCGCCGCUCUGGUGAGCAACGACUCGACGGUGUGCAUCUGGCGCUCGUGACAGCGCUCAGAUCACAUUUCACAUCCCUCGCUGAUGCAGAAUGCGCGUCUGCAUCAGUUUGCAGGGCGGUCUCGUGUGAAGACGACUACUGGUUUUCGUUGCACAACAAAGACGAUAUGCUAGCCAUUGUAGCAGCGCUAGAGGCAUCAUCCACUGUGUAUGACAUAAUAGCAAGUUCUAUGCGGAGGAACUAG